AUGGAUAGCCUGACCAAAAAGACUCUGGAUGUCUCGCGCUCCCUGACAUAUACCUACUAUACUCAUCCACCUUCACGACCAGAGAACCCCACAGUGCUGUGUAUUCAUGGCUUUCCUGACGAGGCCGCUGAGUGGGCGGACCUAGCUACUACUCACCUGAUUCCUGCUGGCUACGGCGUCAUCGCUGUUGACUGCCUCGGCUAUGCUGGAACAUCCAAGCCUCUCGACCCUGCCCUAUACGCUUUCGAACACAUGACCAAGGAUCUUGCAGAGAUUCUCGACAAUGAGAAGAUCCAGAAAGUUGUGUCUUUGGGCCAUGACUGGGGUUGUUCCUUCGCCCAGAGAUUCUACAACUAUCAUCCCGAUCGUGUCCUGGGACUCGUCAUGAUCAAUGUUGCCUACAAUGCCCCCGGAGACAAAGCCUUCGACUUGGAUGCAGCCAACGAGAUGAGCAAAAAGUUAUUCGGUUACGCUACUCAGCCUUACUGGUACCUGUUCUCAAGCGAAGAUGGUUAUAAGCUCCUCGACGAGCAUCUGGAAAGCUGCUUUACCGUUCUGCAUGGUCCUCCUGAGAGCUGGCUCGACACAACCUGCAAGUACGAUGGCCUCAAGGACUACCUGAUCGCGGACAAGAAACAGCAAACCGAGCCUUAUGCUACCGAAGAGAUGAUGAACGCCUUCAUAACUCGUUUCAAGCGUGACGGCUUUGCUGCGCCUACAUGUUGGUACAAAGCCAUUGUUGGUGGUCACCAAAACUUUGAAGCAAAGAAAGUCAAGGCUAUGGUCGUUGAGGUACCUUCAUUGUAUAUCGGAUUUGACAACGACAAAGUUUGCCGUCCAGAAUUGAUUAAUAUGGGCAUCAAGAACGGCUUCUUGCCGAAGCUCACAAAUGUGAAGCUUGAGGGCGGCCACUGGGGUCUCCUUGCCAAUGCAGACAAGUUUGGCAAGACUAUUGUGGAUUGGCUGAAGAAGGAAAUCGAUGUAUCGCGGGCCGAUAACUCCAGACUGUAG